AUGACUCUCGUGAACCCCGUCCAGAGUGCUGGCAGUCUUUGUUACCUGAAGUACGACGAUCGUUUUAAACACGAGAAGCCUUUCUUCAUCCGUUUCCCUAUCGACGACAUACCUGAAGCCAAACAAACCAACCUUGAGUUUGACUAUUACAACGUGAGCAUUGAAGAUAUACGCGGACGAGAGUCGCAGUUCAAACUUGACGAAUAUGGUUUCGAGCUUGCGAAAUUCCAGACACGGUUCAAUCAUGAAGACUUCGAAGACUUCCGCGAGAACUCCAAGACAUAUUUCAAGGAGAUCGAGGACUUUCUGAAGAAGAAGUUAGGCGUGACCUGGGUAGAGGUGUAUGACUGCACGAUACGUCGACGCACUCCUGAGUUCCCCGCAGCGCAAUUUCAAGAGAAGCAUGUUCAACCUAUCCGGGCUGUUCACGUCGACUCGUCUCGAGGCGAACGUGUCAAACAAGCUCUUCUUUCGCUUGAGAAGGCAGGUCUCGACCCGCGGAAAGGCCGUACGCAGAUGAUAGGGGUGUGGAAGCCUCUUAAUGGGCCGGUGAAAGACUGGCCUCUAGCCGUAUGCGACUACCGGAGCUGCGACUCAAGUGACAUUGUCGAUGUGGAUCAGGUAUACGCAGACUCAAUCGGUGAGGGUUGCAACAUCUACUACAACGACAAACACCGUUGGUACUUCGCCAGUGACAUGAUGCCACAUGAGGUAUGGAUCAUGAAGCAAAUGGACUCAAACCCGAAUGCAGCAGACUAUUGUGCGCACGCAGCUUUUCCCCAUCACGAAACGAACAUUCUGGCUGAGAUGAGAGAGAGCGUCGAGAUUCGUUGUGUCUGCUACACGUCCGAUUAA